GCUCUCCGGCGCCAAACGAGUGCAAACUGGCAAACGAAACCAAGCACGUUCAUCUCUUAUCUACAACGUUGAUCCGUCUGAAGAAAACAUUUCGAAAUAUAUCCUGCCUUUGUCUGGCUAAGCAUUGAAAGUAAAGAUGACGCAAAGUAAGGUGGAUUAUAGUAUCAUGGAAUACUGCAUCAGUGAUCAGAAGGGGAGUGCUCUGGAUUUAGUGACACUAUUAAAUAAGCAACGAGAUAAUCCAGAAAACUGUGACUUGGAUCUGAAGGUCGGCAAUGACAAAGUGGCUACUCAUAAAUGUGUGAUGACUGCCAAAAGCCCAUAUUUCCAAACCAUGCUCACGAGUGACUUUUUGGAAGGACGUCUGGCACAGGAGAGCCACAGUGGGUCAAUGACGAUAGAUAUGUCCCAUACUGUGACGGACUUCAGCUCGUUGAAUGAGAUAAUCAAUUUUAUCUAUACAGGACACAUGGUGAUAUCUCAACAUUCGGUUGAAGAGAUUCUUGCCAUAUCAUCUCUUCUGUUGAUCAAAGAUAUACAAGAGUUCUGUAGUCAGCAUCUCCUAAUGAAUCUGACAUUGAGUAACUGUCUCGAAACCCUUGCUCUCGCCAAUCUGUAUGAGCUCACCAAUAUGAGAAAUGUUGCUCAGCGUCUAGUCAAUGACAGGUUCCACGAUGUAGUCAUUAAUGGAGAUGAAAUUCUGAAUGUCCCUGCUGAGUUUCUGUCAAAGUUGCUGAAAGAUGACACUGUACGUCACUGUUCCACUUUCCAGCUUAUAAGCUUGGUGUUGCGUUGGGUGAAUGAGAAAAAAGAUGAACGUCUCUCAAAGUUAGAGGAGCUUGUGGGUGCAUUUGAGUGGAAAUCACUUGAUGAGUUGGAGUACUCAGAAUUGAAGAAAGAUGGCUCCACUUUCUCAACUAUCGAACACUUAGUUAAGAAAGCAAAGGACAAGGUAGUGACAGCUUCAGACUCGGUGCAUACACAUAAAUGUAUGGUGGCAUUGACAGGAUCAACUCAAAGAAUGGCCGACCAAGUUGCUAACACAGAGGAGGUGACUCUAUUUGACUUGUCAACCAAGAAAUGGUUGGAAAAGACAAUAGUUAUAGAUAAGAAGGAAGCAUUGGGUCAUCCUGAUAGAUUAGGCACUUAUGAAAGAAGGAGCACCCUGAUGGGUAUGAUCGAUCAUCGGUUCAUCUUUUGUUCAAGGUUUUCCAGCACUGCUACAUCCGCAACGAGUCUUGAUACUGGAGUAUCAUAUAGAUUUGCUGAGUUACCUGAUAGUGACAAUGUCAGGGAGGUCUUCAUACACAAUCAGGCUCUCUACUGCUUUGUUGUUGUCACUGCAGAAAACAAAAAAACAACAAGAAAUGCUUCUACCAGAAAAUCUAAGGGGUCAGGGAAAGGUCGUGCGAAGAAAUGUGUAAAGUGUGGCGACUACCAUGAUUAUGAUCAACCAGGUUACUCUGGGAGACCUUCCAAAUCCAACUCUGACACUAAACAAAAGACGGUUCAGUUGAUGAGGUAUGUGGAGAAGAAGAAAGAAUGGAAAGUAUGCUACGAAUCUCCAUUACCUAACAAUGUAACAUCUAUAUCAAUCUCACAUGCUUCAGGCGAAAAGCCAAGUGACCUUUACUUACUUGUAUCUACAAAGAACAGAACCAAGAAGCGUGGACUCCAUAUCUUAAAGUUCAACACAGAGUCUGAUAAGAUAAUCGAAACAAUUGUCAACAUUAAAGGUGGUCCUAAAGCGAAGACUGACCAAGUGCUGAAGGACUUUAUGGUUCAAUUAAUGUACGAUCACUCAAAGCUCUCUUUGAGCUAUUCAUAUCCAAAUAUUACAGUUGCUGCAAGAGAUCAAAAUUAUUGUGUAGUUUACAAUACUGCGGCUAAAACAUGGAAUAGGAAGACUAAUCUGAGGUUUUGUAAACACAAAAUACAGAAUGAGUUUGAGUAUUUGAAGUUGGAUUACCUCCAGAGUAGUAGUGCGCAUGUCUUUACACCAAACGAUGAAUAUCGCGUUACACUGAAAACAGCUGCAUGCAAUUGCUUUGGAAUAUUCUGUUUCAACACCCAGGAAUGUCAAAUUUUUCCAUCACCCCCUCCUUCCAAGAAAUCUCUCACUAUACAUGAUUAUUCAAUCCUCGAUGUGCCAACCGACUUGCUCAGUACAUUCAAAGAAAUUGAAAUGGAUCAAUCAGUGAUUGAAAGCCAACCAUUCAGCUCUAUGGAAUUCAGAGAGAGCCAGUACGCUUCAAGAAAAUUCCAGCAUUAUCCUCUUGGUACCAAAGACAGGGCUGCGGCUUUGGCUGCCAUUGAGAACUCUCCUAAACGGACACGAAGUUACUAUGACUCUGAUGAAGAGUACCAGUCCUACUCUCCACCCCCUAGGUAUGGUGGUAUUGGUGGGCUGUUUCCAUGGUUACUGUUCAAUGAUGAUGACAACAGUGACGAAGAUGAAGAAAACUCUGAUGAUAUGGAGUAUUUCUAAAUUUUAAUAACGGACUUAGUAGCAAAAGCAAAGUGCCAAUUUCAUUUCAAUCCAUCCAAUAUUAGUAUACCUAGUGUAUUCUAUUAGAUAUUCAAGAUAGCCUAGAUUAUGAGUCUUAUUUUUGACAUUUUCCCUUAACAAAUAUUACCAUUUUCAAAAGUAGAGUAUUUUCAACUCGGAAUACAAGAGACUGGUAACAAGAAUAUUGUUCUAAUUGUAAAAAUGUUUUAGUUGUGUUUAACAUUGCCAUUUUUCAUUUCAUAUUUGUAAAUGAAUGAAUUUACAGACAGUUUGUACCAUUAUGACCAUUUACAGUAAAACCUGUGCAAGGGGAACAUUACUGGUAUCCUAAAAAUGUCACUGAGUUUUUCCAUUUACAAUGUGCAUUUAACAUAACUUUAGUGGAUGGAUCAUGGGUCCACUUAUGGAAGUUUUCUCUUUACAGAGAUGUUCAAGUUGACUUUUUCUGUUCUAUAAACUGAUCAAUUUAACCUACACGAAUUGUUCAAUGGCCAUUCACUUUAGCUCAUAAUUAAUAUUCUGUUAUUUGUACUGCAGUAUAUAAAAAACUAAAUAGAAUAUCUUUGAGAAAUGUUACUCGCCA